GCGCUUUAUUUAGAGUUAACGGAAAACUGGAGAAGUGCACUACACAUAGUAUGGAGUCGUCUCCGUCUGAGAAUCAACCGUGUCCGCUUCAGUUCUACGAAUUUCAACAGCUCGAUCAUCAACAGCACUGCCCAGUGUACUCUGCAAUGCUUGACAGACCAGAUGAGAUGAUACUGGUGGAUGACCUGGACAGCCUACAGACUGACCUACAGGCUCUCCACACCAGUAUACAGAGACGUAUCCAGUUGCUGGAGUCAGAGCUGGUGGUUCUGAACGACUGGCAGGUCAAGAGAGACUACAACAGAAAGAGGAAGUUGAGUGAUGCCAGCGAGGUUGGUCUCCGCCCCUCCUCUGUGACCAAGAGACAAAAGACCGACCAGGAACCCACCCCUCCCCCACGACAUACCAAGAAGAACAAAACGCACCCGACAGAGGCCGCCAUCGAACCACACGCCAGCAAACACAAGUCAAAGGGAAAAGGGGAUGCCCCUGAUCGUUUCUGGGCCGCAGUAGAGCCAUACUGUGCGGACAUCACUGAGGCAGACAUACAUCUUCUCCAGGAAGACUUGAAGAGUAUAGACGGAGACGAGGUGCACUCUGUGCCGGCCCUGGGCAGGCACUACUCUCGCCACUGGGCAAUGGAGGACAUGGAGGAGGAGAGGAGAGAGGCGGGCAGAGCCAUGGAGAAUGUGGACACUGGCAACCGGGGCUCCGGCAGAGACUGGCAGAGAGACUCCGAGUCGCUGCUGAAGCAGGCUGAGUCUCUGGGCCGGUCAUCCAAGACCCACUGUCCCCUCACCCAGCGUCUCAUGGCGGCGUUCAUAGAGGACCCCCAGGGCAGUGGGAGACCUCCUCUGCCUCCACAGGAAAGACCAUCGCCCAUCCUCAACGUCCCCUCCACUAGAGCUCUGGAGGACAGGAUCAAAGACGAACUUACGUUACUGGGGCUUUUUGAGCCUCCUGAGAUGAACGAGGAGAAGACAGAAGAAGACGAGAUACUGAUGGAGCUGACCAGGAAACAGGCAGAACUGAAGGCAGUGUCGGAGUUCAAUCGCCAACAGCUGCAGACACUGGCGAGUCUGGCCAGGACCGAGAUAGAGAGGCAGGAAAUCAGGAAAGAGGCACAAGAGACGGAUGAGGAGGUGAUAGACUGUCUGAAGAAGUUUGUUUCCGCUCGUCAGAAAAGGCGGAGUGUGGGGAGGAAGGAGAGAGAGAUGGCGUGGAAGGCUCUGGAGAAGAGAGACCUCGUCUAUCAGAGACUUGACCAGAUCUGAACUCCCUCUCGAUCGCACCGCCCUCUUUUCUUGUUAUGUUUUCCGUUGAGUUUCAUUUUCGACAUUAGCCAGCACGUAAUCCUAGCGUGUGAUUCCAAUCGUUUGUCCUUUUUCUUGUAUAUACAAAACACAUUCAGCGUUAAUAAUGACUUUACAAAAAUGAGAAUGAAUAUAUGAAAUUAUACGGAACUGCAAAUAUUCAUUUCAGGCAAAAAGACACUGAUAUAAUAUAAAACCUGUACACUGUGUGCAUGUGCAAAGGAAGGAGAAAACUGAGACUGUGUUGAAUAGAGCUCGGGGUUCAAAGGUCGUCCAGUCCCACAGGCUGGGGAGGGUCAAGGAGGUAAGAGAGGAAUGCCUUGUGGAGUAGAUAUACUCCAAACUGCCGUCUCCUGCUGGAACUCCAGCUGGC